AUGUGUUGUGACAUUUCAUACAUUCAAGUGUGUGAGGAUGAUGGUGCUCCUGUGGAACUACCGUUAGAGGAAGAUAAGACUCUUCUUCUUAGCACACUCACUGCACAAUUUCCACGAGCAACGGGACUUAAAUAUCAGUCUGAAACUGGAUGUAUGCGGGGCGUAAGAUUGUCUGAUGGUCGCAUAUAUCCACCUCCAGAUGGAUGGCUUAAUCGAAUAUACAAAAUUGUUGUUGCUUAUACCAAAAGAAAAGGUGAAGACGAGGAAAAUGAUAAAUUUGUCAAAACAAAACGCCUCGACGGAAAAAAGUGCACAGACCUCAUUGUCCUCAAUCUCCCGUGGCGGGUUGAAGAGUCUACCCUCAAAACUUACUUUUCUCGGUUUGGAGAUGUGGUAAUGGCUCAAGUUAAACGCGACCCGAACACAAACCAGAGCCGUGGCUACGGCUUCAUCCGUUUCCGUGACUACGACGCCCAGGUGAUGUGUCUGGCCGAACGCCACUUUAUCGAGUCCAGAUGGUGCGAUGUCCGGAUACCCAUUUCGAAGGUCGAAGGUGACCGCCAGGAGGUCAAUCGGAAGCUCCACAUUGGACAGCUCACCGAGGACAUCACUUCGGACAUGCUGCGCGAUCACUUCUCGCAGUUCGGACAGGUGAGUUCUCUCCUCCUCCUCCUCCUUUGUCUGGUGUUGUUGUUGUUGUUGCUUUUUUGGCCAGAAAGAAACGUCGAUUGGCGUAAAAUUACGGACGUAUUUGUGCCACGACCCUUCCGCUCCUUCGCCUUCAUAACCUUCGAUGAUCCCGACGUGGCGGCGUCGUUGUUGGGCCAGGAGCAGGUGAUCAACGGCCACACCCUGACGGUGGGCUCGGCGGUGCCGAAAAUGCCCGUCUUCGUGCACCAGGGCCAGCAGCACGGCCACGCCGGAGGUGGUGGUGGUGGCCAUGGCAACAUGAUGCACAGCAUGUACCACGCCGCCGCUGCUGCCGCGGCCCACGGUGGUCCCCAGGGCCUCCCCUGGUCAGCCUGGCAACAACCGUUUGGUGCGUAUGGCGCGUAUGGAGACGAGGGCAGCGGACCACAGAACCCGCGCAGUCGAUACAACGGUCCCUCAUUGGUUCCGGGCAUGAGUCCCUCAGCCAUGUCCACAGCGGCCGCUCUCGCCUCGCAGUACACACGUGCUCACCAGAGCCACGGCGGUGGCUACAUCCGACAGCGAUCGAACGGCCAGAGCUGCAGCAGCUACCAAGGUGGCGAUAACCCCACCCUCGCGACCCUCAAUAUUCUCACUCACCCCUCGGUUGUGGCGGCAAUCGUGAACGCGGCCAAGGGCGAGGGUGUCUCCAACGGCCAGAGCAGCACCCGCGACGCAUAA